AUUGAAAUUACUGAGAAUUACCAAAGCAAUCAGACUUUGUCUAUUAUUUGUGAUGUUUUAUUUCUUUAUCUGCUACUGAUUGCGGCUUUUUGCUCCUUCCUUAUUGCAGUUUCUGGUGACUGGUUGAGGUGAAGCUGAAGAUGACAGAGUAUAAGUUGGUGGUGGUUGGGGCUGGUGGCGUUGGGAAGAGUGCUUUAACCAUUCAACUCAUCCAGAAUCACUUUGUGGAUGAAUACGAUCCUACGAUAGAGGAUUCCUAUAGAAAACAGGUAGUCAUUGAUGGGGAGACCUGUUUGUUGGAUAUUCUGGACACAGCAGGUCAAGAGGAGUACAGUGCCAUGAGAGACCAAUACAUGAGGACAGGAGAAGGCUUCCUGUGUGUCUUUGCAAUCAACAACACCAAAUCAUUUGAAGACAUUCAUCAGUACAGAGAACAAAUUAAAAGGGUAAAGGAUUCCGAUGAUGUUCCAAUGGUUCUGGUGGGAAACAAGUGCGACCUGCCUUCCCGAUCUGUGGAGACUCGGCAAGCCCAAGACUUGGCCCGGAGUUACGGCAUUCCUUACAUCGAAACCUCUGCCAAAACCAGACAAGGAGUGGAGGAUGCUUUUUAUACCUUAGUCCGAGAGAUCAGCCAACAUAAAGUCAGGAAAUCAAAUCCACCAGAUGACAGUGGGCAAGAUUGUAACAACUGUAAAUGUGUGAUAUUGUGACCUCAGUUCACAGGAACAUUUGAUGAUUCAUUCAAUACACUGGUACAAGAAGAGAGGGAACGAGAUAUGGAGUAGUGAAAGAAGGUGAUAGCAAGGAGAGAAACGAGGAAGUGCGACCGCUGCUGUAUAAUAGAAUGGUGUGAAGGAGCCUGUUGUGUAUGACUCUCAUCGGCUGCCAUCUACCCUACACAGGUCUCCAGUUGUACAGAGCCAUAGAUUUUCAAAUCACACUAAAUUAUUCUUACACUAGUUACCCUGUGAUUCAGUGUCCCAUUUCAACAUUGCUGGAAAUGUGUUCCUGCCAUAAAUAUUGUAUAUAAACCACUAACGUGAAGUUACAGGAUCUUAAGAAUAUUGUUUUAUACUUCUGAGCUGAUCCAAUUUCUUUUUUCUAUACGAAGAAAAAUGCCUGUGAUUAUUUCAGUGCUGGCAACAUGGCUUUCUGUUUUCAAA